AUGAUCUCAAUUAAAUUGUCAUCAAACAAUCAACAAGCAACUCUAUAUGAAUAUUAUAUUGAUUGUAAUCAAUUUUUCAAAUUUCUGGAAAUCUCAAUGAUCCGUUUAAAGUUAUUCCAAUUGAUUGGAUUAGCUGGUCUAAUCUCGCAAAUUUAUAAAUUGCUGGUUAACCUGAUUGUCCUCUACAAGGAAACAAUUGCCACAGAAAAUUCAUUUUUCAAUGAACACAACAAUCGAGCGCUUUUCAAUACAUUCACGACGAUUGAUCAAAUUUUCAUCUUCCACGACUGGAUUACCUUUAAUCCGUUCACAUUUUGCAAUCAAUUUGAUUCACUUUGGAAAUUGUUACCUUUCUCAAUCCGCUGUCGAACGAUAAUAGAAACAAAAUUAUCUUCGUGUAGAACUAAAUUUAUCAUAAUUAGUUUAGCUAAUUUGAUUCUCUGUUAUGCUUUUCUCUUCCAUGAUCCACUAAUUGGUUAUAAAAAAGUUGAUCAUUUAACUUAUAUCAUGAAAGUGAUCAGCAUUCUGGGUUAUGGUUAUUCAUGUUUAAUUGUUUUCCAUCUCAUGGUUACCGGAAUUUUCCUUCAUUCGAGUUUGAUCUGUUUAUCAAAUGUAUUGGAUUCUCUUGUUUAUAAGUCAAAGGUAACUAGGGGACGAAGAAUUGACCUGGAAAAUGGUCAACACGGACUUGGAACGAAAACAAUUUUGUUCUAUCGAAAUGUUUACCAACAAUUAGGCCAAUUGGUUGAAAUAACCGAUUCAUCUCAUCGGCUUUUCAUUGGAACCUUUUACCUUUCCUGUGUACCAAAGUUCGUCACCAUUGUCUAUGAUAUCGCCUUCACGGAGGCCACUUUCAAGACAUUCCAUAUAACCGAAGCUUGUGUUAAUCUAAUUCGUUUGUUUAUAAUCACCGAUAGUAUCGCUCGAAUACCAAGUUUCACCAGCUCAUUUUGGAAGACAAUUUAUCGAUUAACUAUUGUUUCACCAAACAAUUCGGCCAUGAUUGAGGCUAAUCUUUUCCUCGAAAGGAUCAGAAAUCAUUCCCAUGGAAUUAAGAUCUUCAACAAAAAGUUAAUCACUCCAGCGAUUGUACCAACCAUGAUCACGGCGAUUAUCACUUAUUUCAUAGCGAUAAGUUCAAUUAAUCGAGGCCAAUUUGUGCCCGAUAACGACAAUGAUUUCGGUGAUGAUGAUUGA